AUGUUCGUUCCAAUCUCAGCUGCCACCGAUUCAUCCCUGACGAGUGUCGCUGCAGCUGUCGAGCAGGAAUCCGCCAUGUCGCAAGAAGGUGACGCUCCGACGACACUCGGCGCCGACUCAGUGUCAGACGAGGAGAACCACACUGCGGAAAAUUCCGUUGACGAAUCGGAUGAAGAGAAUGAGCCUACAAAUGGAGACAAUUCCGUGCCAGGACCUCCGAGCACAACCAUUCAGAUCCUCAGAACGACCAGGUUGCUGUUCGGGCCGCCGGUUGGGUCAGAAGACGAACCGGGUUCAAAGGUUAGGCAAUUGCUGAGACUUUGCAUCGCUCCUCCAGACGAUUCUCCUUGUCCAUAUCAAGCCCCCAGGUGGCCAAUGGAGUGUCAAGUCUCCCCGGGAAGGGUAUUGCAUAUUGACAAUCCCCCAAAGUCGCAGGAACUUCUCUACGUGGCGUCGGGUUACGAACCCUGUCCUCAGCCAGUCGGAGAAGAUGAAGGCACUGUCGUUUAUCAAUAUUUACCCACCUCUGCAGUUAAUUACUUUUGUCGAUCAAGUUGGGAUGGACGAGGGGUUCAGGACGAAGUGGUUUACCCGUCAUUGCCUGCACCGUUGCCAGCGGACACAACACUCAAAUUUGAUUCCCGAUUCGAGUCUGGCAAUUUGGCGAAGGCUAUUCGAAUCAGCGAAUGUUUCUACGAAUUGCACUUGAGGUCGGAUUUGUACACCGGACGCCACACGCAGUGGUACUACUUUAGCGUUGAAAAUAUGCGGACCGAUCUCACCUACAGGUUUUCAAUCGUGAACUUAUCAAAAAAAGAUAGUCUGUAUAAACAUGGCCUGCGACCUCUGAUGUACUCUGAAAGAGAAGCUGAAGAAACUGGUCUUGGCUGGAUCAGGUCUGGGUUCAACAUUGCGUAUUACAGAAAUACUUGUUACGAAGAUGAUGAUUCCGACGACGGGGGAAGAAGUUACACCCUGACAUUCAACGUUAAAUUCGAUCAAGAGGGUGACAGGUGUUACUUCGCACAUUGUUACCCUUACACUUACACUCAACUCCAGGAUUUCCUUGCAACAAUACAAGAAGAUCCGUUCAGAGCGUCAGUGUGCAGACAACGAAUUUUCUGCCUGUCGCAGGCUGGGAACCAGGUUUACAUGCUGACCAUUACCGAAAGAUGGCCGACUCUCACACCCGAAGAAAAGAAACCGGUGAUUUUUCUGACCGCUCGAGUUCAUCCGGGAGAAACUCCGUCCUCUUGGAUUAUGCAGGGAAUUAUCGAUUAUCUAACAAGCCAGGAACAUUCAGCUCAGGUACUGCGAGAAAAGUUCAUAUUCAAAAUAAUCCCGAUGCUCAAUCCCGAUGGCGUGAUCGUGGGUAACUACCGGUGCUCGUUAUCGGGGAAAGACCUCAAUCGACAAUACCGGGUUGUUGUCAAGGAUGCUUUUCCGAUCAUUUGGCACGUCAAAACAUUUUUACGGAGGUUAGUUUACAUAUUUUGGCAGCCGGUGGCGGCAUGA